AUGGCGACUGAGGGAAGGCCCCUCGUCGUAGGCAACGACGAUGGUCCGGAAGCGCCCUUCCCAUACCAAAUGGAAGGCAAAAUCACCACUGGAUUUCAGCGGGGCUCAACUCUUAUCGGCUUUCCUACAGCCAACCUUCCCAUAAGCCUCACCCGCACGCCUUGGAUCAAUGAAAUCUCUACCGGCGUCUACUUUGGCUGGUCCGCCCUACGUCUCCCUACGGCCCAUGCUGACAACCCCUUCACUUCCGCCUCGUCCUCAUCCUCCACCCCUGCCCUUCCCUCUUCCCCUUCCACCUCUCCUUACGCCCUGUACCCGAUGGUCAUGUCUAUUGGCUACAACCCUUACUUCAAGAACACUGUGCGCACCGCCGAGGCGCUCAUUGAGGACAUUCGGUUUGAUACGCGCGUCGCCGGUGAGAGCUUGAAGCGGAAGACGUGGGCGCCCAAGGGCGUGCCCGUCGUGGGUGGCUGGGAAGAGGGAGAACUAGAUGUACAAUGGCUGAUUAGGGAGCAGGAGGAUUACGAUGAGCCGGAGGAGGGGAGAAGACUAUCCUUCGUGAUUGGCGGUGUGAAUUACAUGCUGAUCCUUGCCAAGCCGAGUUACGAAACGAGCUGGGCUAUUCCAGAUGAGUUCCUCGAUUAG